AAAAACGGAAAAAGCAAAAAAGAAUCGGCUGUAAUAUCGGGGCGGACACGAGUUAAUCCAAUUUGAAUCGGGACGAUAGUCCACAAAAAAAAAUCCCGAGGAUCUGUACCCCAUCCCUCUUCUUCUUCCUCUCCUUCUCCAUCUUCCCCGUCCACUAGAAGAUCUGUCCCCAUUUCACCGCCACACUUCAUAGUGGAUCGACCUGUUAGUUCAUAGUAGAUCGACCCCUACAACAGUCUCCCUCCAAGCUUCCUGGAUCUUCUGAGACACAAUGGCUAUGAUCGAAGAGCCACUCUAUCCCAUUGCCGUCCUAAUAGACGAACUAAAAAAUGAAGAUAUUCAACUCCGAUUAAACUCGAUCCGGCGGCUCUCCACAAUUGCUCGCGCACUCGGAGACGAGAGGACCAGGAAGGAGCUGAUUCCUUUUCUCAGCGAGAACAACGACGAUGACGACGAAGUGCUUCUUGCAAUGGCCGAGGAACUGGGGGUAUUUAUUCCCUAUGUUGGAGGUGUUGAGCAUGCGAAUGUGCUGCUCCCACCUUUAGAAACUCUCUGCACAGUUGAAGAAACUUGUGUAAGGGACAAAGCGGUUGAGUCCUUGUGUAGAAUUGGGGCGCAAAUGAGGGAACAGGACUUGGUCGAGUACUUCAUUCCUCUGGUUAAGAGACUGGCUGCUGGUGAGUGGUUUACUGCUCGAGUCUCCUCAUGUGGACUGUUCCAUAUUGCUUACCUGAGUGCCCCAGAGACGUUAAAAACUGAACUACGGACAAUUUACAGUCAGCUGUGUCAAGAUGACAUGCCUAUGGUUAGGAGGUCUGCUGCAACAAACCUGGGAAAAUUUGCUGCUACUGUUGAACCUGCCCAUUUGAAAACUGACAUUAUGUCUAUAUUUGAGGAUCUGACGCAGGAUGAUCAAGAUUCUGUUCGGUUAUUGGCUGUUGAAGGCUGUGCAGCACUUGGAAAGUUGUUGGAACCUCAAGAUUGCGUGGCACAUAUUCUUCCUGUCAUAGUUAAUUUCUCGCAGGACAAGUCUUGGCGUGUUCGUUACAUGGUAGCAAAUCAACUCUAUGAACUAUGUGAAGCAGUGGGUCCUGAAACUACCAGGUCUGACUUGGUACCUGCAUAUGUUCGGCUACUUCGUGAUAAUGAGGCUGAAGUACGGAUAGCUGCAGCUGGAAAAGUUACCAAGUUUUGCCGGAUCUUGAAUCCAGAACUCUCAAUUCAACAUAUUCUUCCAUGUGUGAAGGAACUGUCAACUGAUUCAUCUCAGCAUGUUCGUUCUGCAUUGGCUUCCGUUAUCAUGGGAAUGGCACCAGUUUUAGGAAAGGAUGCAACAAUUGAGCAACUGCUGCCUAUUUUUCUCUCUCUUUUAAAGGACGAAUUUCCUGAUGUCCGACUGAAUAUUAUCAGCAAGCUUGAUCAAGUUAAUCAGGUAAUUGGAAUAGAUCUGCUGUCACAGUCUCUCUUGCCAGCAAUUGUUGAGCUUGCAGAGGAUAGACACUGGAGGGUUCGGCUCGCUAUAAUAGAAUAUAUACCUUUGUUGGCAAGUCAAUUGGGUGUUGGCUUUUUUGAUGACAAGCUUGGUGCUCUUUGCAUGCAAUGGUUAAAAGAUAAGGUUUACUCAAUUCGUGAUGCAGCUGCAAAUAAUGUGAAACGGCUUGCAGAAGAAUUUGGCCCAGAGUGGGCAAUGCAGCACAUAAUUCCACAGGUCUUGGACAUGACUAACAACUCCCACUAUCUGUAUCGGAUGACCAUUUUACAUGCAAUUUCUCUUCUUGCUCCUGUGAUGGGCCCAGAAAUUUCUUGUUCGAAACUCCUUCCUGUGGUCAUUAAUGCAUCAAAAGAUAGGGUUCCCAACAUCAAGUUCAAUGUGGCUAAAGUGUUGCAGUCACUUAUUCCCAUAGUUGACCAGUCUGUAGUGGAGAAGACAAUUCGUCCUUGUUUGGUUGAACUCAGUGAGGAUCCAGAUGUUGAUGUGAGGUUCUUUGCCAAUCAAGCUCUGCAGUCAAGUGAUCAGGUCAUGAUGUCUACUUAGAUUUGACUUUGUCAUUGAUUUUUUCUUUACUUACAAUUUUCAUUGUUGUUUUCCUGUCCUAUUUGCAAGUUAGCAUACUCAUUAAUGUAUUAUCUUAUUUGAGGUACUAGCAGAUUUUUUCCCCCAAGCCAAACAAUUUUUUGUCCUCAGAUUCUCUAAGACCAUUUUGUGCAUAUAACUAUGACUUGUUUCAUGCAACAACAUUUAGCUUGUGUGAUCAUGUAAUCAUCCUUGUUGUACUGUAAA